AGACGUGAACAUGAUCUGUAAAAUGGUGUAGCGGCCCGUAGCACGUACUAUGUGCUUCGAGUACUCGUGUCCCGACAGACGCUUUCGUGUGACACGCUGCGACGGACGGUACGAGGGAGCACCGGAACAGGAAGCGUACCUACGUACUAGCAACAGUUUCCUAUAGUUUCGUUUGCCCCUGCCUAAUGGCUAUUGCCCUCCAAGAAUUCAGGAGCUACGGAGAUCUCUGAUUAAAGGGCAAGAGGAUACUCCUAAACAACAUAUUACUGCGGCUCUACUUGGAGACAAUACUUUGAGGUGCUAAUCAAGGUUCAGGGAGGACGAGAAGAGAGGAAGACGGGAGCAGGGCAUUAACCACGCACCAACGACCCGACCUGACCGGCAUUCAAGUCCCGGCGUCCCGCGCCGCGGCCCAUCCCCCUCAUCCCGACCCCGUGAACGAGAAGCCAACCCCCCAAAAACGACUUGCCCCACGCGGACGCGGGAGCACACCACCACCAGCACCAGACCACCACAGCAAGAGCAAGCGCCCCCACAGGCCGUAGCGGUAGCGCUAUCGCGACGUCGCCACCGGCCACCACCACAAGGCACACGGGGACGACGGGACGGGCGCCCCCGCUCCACUACCGCCCGCCGGCCUCACACAGCACAGCAGGCUACAAGUCAGAACCCAAGAAAACCCCUAAAGUCAGUCAGAUCCCAAUCAAAAGAGGAGCAUCGCAGAGCUGUACGUAUCACGCAGGAGGUAGCGCUCCAUCCGCGGUGGCCAUGGUCUCGUCGCCUUCCCCACCCUUGCCCACCGCUGCCUCCGAGCCGAAGCAACAGCAGCGAGGCGGCACCAAGGCGGCGCCGGAGAAGGCCGACAAGAAGUACGCGCACGUCCCGACGCCGCUCCACCACGGUCAUGGCGGUGCCAGCAAGAAGACACCCCGCGGGGGCAAAGGCGGCGGCGGCGGCGACGCGGCCACCGACCCGGCGGCGUACGUCGCGGCGGUUUCCUGCUCCGACUGCCGCUUCAAGCAGCGCGCCCUGGCGCCGGCGUCGCCCGGCGCCGUCAUCCGCUCGCUGUUCGUCUCCCUCACCCGCCGCUCCACCCCGCGCUCGUCGCCGUCGGCCUCGGGCGGCGCCGGCGGCGCGGGGGACGACGGCGAGCAGUGGCGCCUCGCCGCGGCCGACCUCUCCCGCCGGCUCGCCGCGGCCACGCGCACGCGGGACGAGGCGCUGGAGGAGACCACGCGCCUGAAGCACUCCCUCGCCGAGCUGGAGCACAAGCUCGCGCGCCUCGAGUCGCGCGUGCUCCCGACCCCCGCGGCCGCCGCCGCCUUCCCUGUCGACUCUUUCCUCCGCGCCGUCUCGACCGCGCGCGCCGCCGUGCGGAACCUCGCGCGCGCGCUGUCCGCGCACCUCCGCAGCCCCUCCAGCCCCGGCCCGAGCCUCGAGAGCUUCCUCAACCGCGCUUUCCACGCCGACUUCGAGCUGGACACCGACGCCGACGUCCACACCCCGGACCCGGCGGGCCGGUGCCAGGCCAACCUCGCGGCGUACCACGCCAUCGCGGUGCUCACGUGGGAGGAGGUCCUGCUCCACGGCACCAAGCACUACAGCGACGGGCUCAGCCGCUUCUGCGACGCCAAGAUGAGCGAGGUGGUGUCCUCGCUCGGGUGGGCGCGCGCGCGGGCGUGGCCCGAGCCGCUGCUGCAGGCCUUCUUCCUUGCCGCCAAGGGCGUGUGGGGCGUCCGCCUCCUGGCGCGCUCCGUGCACCCGCCGCUCCCCGUUGUGCGCGCGGAGCGAGGCGCGCGCUUCGACCCGCGGUUCAUGGAGGACGCCGCGGCUAGCCGGGCGGGGAGGCUGGAGCCGGCCAGCGUGAAGAUGAUGGUGGCGCCAGGGUUCCACGUCUACCUGGCCGGCGCGGGCGUGGUGAAGUGCAGGGUCGUGUGCUUCUACAGCAGCGGUAACGGCCGCACCGGCGGCCACAGAGAUGGCGGGAGCAGCGCCAAUGGCAGCGUGGGGUUGGGGAGUAGCUGUAGUGACAUGAAUGGGAGUGCUACAGACGUGGUUGAUAGCUGUAAGAGCAGUAGGGUAGGGUAGUUGCACAGGGAGAAAGAAAACGGGGAUUUUACUUGUUCGUUAAAAAACAUGGUGAUCUGCGUUUAGCCAUUUACCGCUGCUUGUGUGCAUAUGGGGUGAAUGAUUAAUCACGAACAGUUUCUGUUAAUGUUGAUUAUGCACUACUAGUAAAAAGUUUGAGUACCACAGAUCA